AUGGCCGACCAACUCAACAUGGGCAACCUCUCGCUGAGCGAGUCUCAGCACGCCCCUAGACAAAAUGGCAACGGUGGUUUCGUCCGCUCUGCCUACAUCCCCCCUCACGCCAGAGGUAGCGCCAGAGGGCCCGCUCCUGGCAUGGACGGUGCUCCUCCCAUGAACGGUCACUUCGACGGCCCCAGACCCGGCUACGGUGCUGGUCGCGGCGGCGGCGGCUGGGGUGGUGCUCCCACUUUCACUCCCAGAGGCGGCAACGGCGGUUUCGACAGAAACGCCUACGGUAACNCCGGUCACGGCGGCCAACAAGCCCGUGGUUCUGGUGACGGUCAGUGGAAGGACGGCAAGCACAUCCCUGGUCCUUCCAACCCCCGUGUCGAGCGCGAGCUUUUCGGCAUUCCCAACGACCCCAACGUCCAGCACAGCGGUAUCAACUUUGAGAAGUACGACGACAUCCCCGUCGAGGCCAGCGGUCAAGGCGUUCCCGAGCCCGUUACCACCUUCGCCAACCCUCCUCUCGAUGACCACCUUAUCAGCAACAUCGAGCUUUCCGGUUACAAGGUCCCUACUCCCGUCCAGAAGUACUCGAUCCCUAUUGUCAUGGGCGGCCGUGAUUUGAUGGCUUGUGCCCAGACUGGUUCCGGAAAGACUGGUGGUUUCCUCUUCCCUAUUCUCGCUCAGGCCUUCCAGAACGGCCCCAGCGCCACCCCUGCCCAGACUGGUAUGGCCCGCCAGCGCAAGGCUUACCCUACCUCGCUCAUCCUCGCCCCUACCCGUGAGCUUGUCUCCCAGAUCUACGAUGAGGCCCGCAAGUUCUCUUACCGCUCAUGGGUCCGCCCUUGUGUCGUCUACGGUGGUGCCGACAUUGGUCACCAGCUCCGCCAGAUCGAGCGUGGCUGCGAUCUCCUUGUUGCCACCCCUGGUCGUCUUGUUGACCUCAUAGAACGCGGUCGCAUCUCGCUCCAGAACAUCAAGUACCUCGUUCUCGACGAGGCUGACCGCAUGUUGGACAUGGGUUUCGAGCCCCAGAUUCGCCGCAUUGUUGAGGGUGAGGACAUGCCUCCUACCGCUGGCCGUCAAACUCUCAUGUUCUCGGCCACCUUCNCCCGUGACAUCCAGCUGCUGGCCCGUGACUUCCUCAAGGAGUAUAUCUUCCUCUCUGUCGGUCGUGUCGGUUCCACCUCUGAGAACAUCACCCAGAAGAUUGAGUACGUCGAGGACGUUGACAAGCGCUCUGUCCUGCUCGAUAUCCUCCACACCCACGGCGCUGGUCUUACUUUGAUCUUCGUCGAGACUAAGCGCAUGGCUGACUCGCUUUCCGACUUCCUCAUCAACCAGGGCUUCCCUGCUACCUCGAUUCACGGUGACCGCACUCAGCGCGAGCGUGAACGUGCUCUCGAGAUGUUCCGCUCUGCUCGUUGCCCCAUCCUCGUUGCCACUGCUGUCGCAGCCCGUGGUCUCGAUAUCCCCAACGUCAAGCACGUCGUCAACUACGAUCUCCCUACCGACAUUGACGACUAUGUUCACCGUAUCGGUCGUACUGGUCGUGCCGGAAACACUGGUGUCGCCACUGCAUUCUUCAACCGCGGCAAUAGAGGUGUCGUUCGUGACCUUCUCGAGCUUCUCAAGGAGGCCAACCAGGAGGUUCCUGCUUUCCUCGAGACUGUCGCUCGUGAGGGCAGUGGCUUCGGUGGUGGCCGCGGUGGUCGCGGCGGUGGUCGUGGCCGUGGUGCUACUGCUACUCGUGAUGUCCGUAGCUUCGGCGGCGGCUCGCGUCCCGCUUACGCUGGCUCUCAGUGGGGCGGCAGCGGUGGUGGCUUCGGCGGCGCUGGUGGCGCUGGUUACGGCGGCGGCAUGGGCGGUGGUUACGGUGGUGGCAUGGGUGGCAGCUACGGCAACCCCUCUGGUCCCUCCGGCCCUGGUGCCAACUCUUGGUGGUAG